AGAAGUUCAGAGAAAAUGAAAGUGAAACAGACGAACGUGUAUACAGCACAUAAAUCGCAGAUGAGGACCGUGUCCUUUCCCCGCAGACUACUUUUGCGUGUCAUGACCGGGUUCAGCUACAACCGAGGCUUUGUUUUGGGGUGGCUAUGGCGCGGAUUAGAAUUUCUAUGGUGCUGUGGGAAAAAAGUCGGAUGGUUACCGAUACGUUGGUUUAAGAGCAUCAAGGGCCAAGGUAAACCUGAAAAAAACGUGGAAGACCAACCGAAUUACUCCGAGGGGGAGGAGGGGGAGGAGGGGGAGGAGGUGGUCGAGCAGUCUCGCUGUGAGGGUCAAAGGGAGAAUGCCGCCGACGGUAAGAAGGCCGCAGACUCCAACCGAGAUCUCGCCUACGAGCGGCCGAGACUUAACAAAGAUGGUGAUACGUUUGACAGCGAGCACGAGGAGUAUCGAGUUGAAACCACGGAUGAGUUGUACUGUGGCUAUGACUCGACCUGGGAGACCGAGGUGCACCCGAAGAGCACAUUCCCGAGGACCAGACGACCAGCGGCUUCCAGAUAUUACAACAAGUUCAGCAGAUUUGAAAAUUCUGCUAGAGACAUGCAGAACUACAGGCAUGACUACCCUAACCAGUACAGGCCGCAACGCUUCAUAAAGCCAGUAUCUGAUGACAAGCCUAAUUUGAAGUUCUACCUCGGAUUAACGCCCUCUUUACCUGAUGGUGUCUACAUACACCAGUUCCACAGGGAAUGGUAUGAAAAGUAUGAUAAACUGGAGUCGGUUCACUCCUACAUUCAGUGGUUGUUCCCCCUGCAGGAACCAGGGAUGAACUAUGAGGCCAGUACACUGACAAAAGAAGAAAUAAAGGAGUUUUGCCAAAAUAGCACUGCAAAGGCCAAUCUAUUGGAGUCGUACAAGCUCAUGUUGGACUUCUAUGGUAUCAGGUUGCGUGAUGAAAACACAGGAGAAGUCAAGAGAGCAUCAAACUGGAGAGACAGAUUUGAUAACCUUAACAGUCACACUCAUAACAACCUGCGUAUCACCCGCAUCCUCAAGUGCCUGGCAACCCUGGGGUAUCCUCACUACCAAGCCCCCUUGGUUUGCUUCUUCCUGGAGGAGACUCUCGUCCACAAAGAACUCCCAAAUGUCAAGGACAGUGUUCUAAACUACUUUGUGUUUGCUGUCCUUGAUAAGAAACAACGCAGGAGUCUCAUCAAGUUUGCCUAUACAAACUAUGACCGUAAAGAUGAGUUUGUUUGGUGCCCGAAGAAAAUUCAGAUGAUGUGGUCGUCGGCGUCAAAGCCACAAAAGCGAGCGAAUGGCAAAAGAGGCUUGUGAGUAUUUGAGUCUGGAUCAGGAAGAUGAAGCCAAAGACAAGGCAAAUUAAGUUGCUAAAGCAUAACUUGUCACUGUGCUCCAACUCCAUUCAACAUAAUAAUGCAUACUAUA